UUUUACAGGGCCGAAGGAUAUCAGAAGCCCCUGUUCCGUUCGACCUUUGAUUCAAUAUCCAAACGGCGUCGGACGCUGCUUCGGAGGCCGUUAGGGUUCCCGCCAUGAAUGUCCUCAUCCAACCGCCGGUCUCUCGAUUUUCUGUGUCCAGCUGCCGCCGUCCUUUCCGUCCGUCUCUCCGGCAAUGUGCCAUCUCCGUAAGGUCGAGUUUUAGCCUUCCUUUUCCAGAGCAGAAAGCAAGGUACUAUGAACAUCUGAAAGCAGCUGUUGAUGUCGUUGAGCGCGCUUGCCAUCUCUGCGUUGAUGUACAAAAAUCUCUGCUCUCAAGUGACGAGAAAAUCACUAAGAAAAUAGAUAAGACACCGGUCACAGUGGCUGAUUUUGGAGUUCAAGCUCUUGUUAGUUUGGAAUUGUGCAAGCAAUUUCCUUCAAUUCCAUUAGUAGCUGAGGAGGACUCAGCCUUUGUCCGUGAAAAUAAUCUGGUGGAUGCUGUUGUUGAAGUGGUUACUGAUAGAUUAGCAACCACAGAUAAAGAAUUGAAUGACGAAGAUGUCCUGAAGGCAAUUGACAGAGGAGGAAAAGAUGCCUAUGAGUUUGGACCUGAGCCUGCUACUUAUUGGAUAUUGGAUCCAAUUGAUGGAACACGAGGAUUUGUCCGAGGCAAAGAAGCUCUCUAUGUGGUGGGUUUGGCUCUAGUAGUUGAAGGGGAGAUUGUGUUGGGUGUUAUGGGAUGCCCGAACUGGCUAUAUGACACUGAAAUUCAGGGAGAUGAGAAUAGUACUUCUAGCUCAGGAAUGAUUAUGAUAUCUCAUAUUGGUUGUGGAACAUGGCAAACCAGAUUGUGGAAACAAGGAAUUGGUGAUGCCAAAAAGGUUGAUAAUUGGACCAAGUGUUUGGUCGACAGGUUUAACCAAAUUAAUGAAGCACGAUUUUGCAUUCAAGACAGUCAAAAAUGGGAGUCUCUGCCCCUGUCAAGUCAAUUUACUGCUGUUACCCAAACUAAUUGUGUUGGGGAGAAACAGAUUCGUCUGCUACCUACCUGCUGUGGAAGCCUGUGUAAAUAUCUGAUGGUCGCAUCUGGAAGGGCAUCCGUCUACAUUCUUCUCGCAAAGACUAAAAGAACCAUCAAGGUGUGGGAUCAUGCUUCUGGGGUCAUAUGCAUCCAUGAAGCUGGAGGAAAGGUGACUGACUGGAGUGGAAGUCCACUUGACUUUGCUGUGGACGAAGGAGAGCGAAGGGUCUUAUUUCCUUUCGGCGGUGUUCUUGCAACAAAUGAUAGCAUACAUGAACAGGUACUUGAUAUCAUGUCCUCAGCUGGCUGAUGAUUUCUUUUGAGGUUUUGUCAUCUGUUUGACUGUGUGCUUCAGAAAAUUUUUCUCUCAUUGAUAUACUGUUAAUUCUUUGGGAUUUGAAGCAUUCAUGUUUAAUUAGUCUGAGGUAGAAUUUGUAAUGAUAAUUAUAUUCAUAUAAUUAGCUAAUAAAAAGCUUGAUUUUAAGAAAAAGGGGAGAGAGAGAGAGAGAGACUACAAGAAUCAAAGAUAAUUAAUUAGAAAAUUGAUGUCUAUAGUUAAUUGAUGCUUUUAGGAAGAAGACCUUGUCAUAUAAUGCCAGCUGUAGUCUAUUA